UCUGUGCAAAAUGAACAGGGUUAAAGUUCUGCAGGCCUGGCUGUGGUGUGUGUCUCUGUGGUCGUGCUGGCUUUCUCACGCCGUUCCUCUGGACUGCAAAGACGAGACCGGAUCCCUCAUCCAAUGCACUUCAAUCUCUCAAGAGAAACUUCUAGAUCGCGUCAUCCAACACGCAGAGCUCAUCUACCGCGUCUCUGAAGAGUCCUGUACUCUGUUUGAGGAUAUGUUUGUCCCGUACCCUCUGUAUGCUUUGAGGAAUCAGGGAGGAACCAUGUGUCACACCAAACCCUUCCCCAUCCCAGGCUCCAAGACCGAGAUUCAGCAGAUUUCGGAUAAAUGGCUGCUUCACUCGGUCCUGAUGCUGGUGCAGUCAUGGAUGGAACCCCUCGUCUAUCUGCAAACCACUCUUAAUCGUUACGAUGACGCCCCGGACGCUCUGCUCAACAAGACCAAGUGGGUGUCUGAUAAACUGCUCAGCCUGGAGCAGGGGGUGGUGGUCCUCAUCCGCAAGAUGCUGGAUGAAGGGAUCCUGACGCCGUCCAUCUUCGAGCACUCGCUGACCCCAGACGAUGAACCGUCCCCAGAGAUCCCAGAGUCCGUCCUCAGGGACUACAACCUGCUCAUCUGCUUCAAGAAGGACGCCCACAAGAUGGAGACCUUCCUCAAGCUACUCAAGUGCCGUCAGAGCAACAAGCUCAGCUGCCUUUCCUACUAAACCUGCAUCUCAUCUCAUCUCAGAAGAAAAAGCUUUAUUUUGAAGAAUCAAAUGUGCACGUUGACUUGGCAGUAGUUACCGUAGUUAGCAAGAUUAAAUGAGAUCCCUGUGUGAAAGCCAGAAGUGACUUUAUUCAGUGUAACGUGAAGAGAACAGAAGAAGAGUCGCACCGCUCUCACACACAUCUGCACUGGUUGUCCUCCUUUCUCUUCCGAACUUGAGUUUGUUUGCAAUACAGACUCCACGUCGUCUUUUAAUGUCUCUCCUGGUCUCUGGUGUGUUGGCAGGCGUGUGUGUGUGUGUGUUUUUUCUUAAAGUUGAGAUGGUUUUACCUUUGUAUUAGUUAGAUGGAAAAGCUCUUGAUGCAGAAAUAUGCUAAUUAAGCCACGAAGCGGAUCGUGAAUGUUUCCAGUGUGUGUGUGUGUGUGUGUGUGUGUGUGUGUGUGUGUGUGUGUGUGUGUGUGUGU